UUUACCACCCAAUUUGAUACCCCUCUUGGCCUUAACCUUGACUGGUUUCAUGGAGGGGAGUGAAAGGGAAAGAAUGAUAAGAAGACAGAAAACUGGAAAGAAUGAAUUUGUUUUUUCUUCUUCUUUUAACUUGUUUAUACAAUUUCAUCAUCAUAAUUUUCAUCACAUGUAAAACGAUAUCUCAGGAGAUUCAAUGAGUCGUACCUAUCUUCGGUGUUGGUCUGUAAUAUCAUCAUAAUUUGGACCAUCUUUUCAAUCUUCUUUCAUCUUUACCUUGUAACUUGUCUGACUUUUUGUUUUUAAUGCAUGUGUUUACAAUAUCCAUUGAAUCCUUUUGGUUAACAAUACUAAUGAUAUUGUAAAAGUAUUUUCAUCAACACAAUAAUCAACAUAAUUUUUCUUCCUUUUUCCAUCCUCUGUCUCUUGCUCUCUCUUAUCAUCUCUCACUUUUAUAAAUAACUACAUGAUCUUUGUAUCGAUUGAUAUUAUCAUUCUGAUUCAACUUUCGUUAUUGACUUACAAAUGUUAGCCUAACAAAGAUGAAAAGAAGAGAAUGCAAUCGAAUUUUUACUGCGUAGAUUUCAGUGAAGACGAAAGACUAAAAGAGAGGAAAAGGUGAAGAAAGAGAUUAGCUUCAUCAAAACUGGACCCAUUUCACCAUUAAAAAUAUCAUCUUACCUGAAGAGACCAGAAAUACUUUGUUAAAAAUUUGGAGCUAAUUGAAUCUUCACUAACAACACAAUUAGUGUUAAUAUUUUUGUAAUUUAAAAUUUUCCCCUCUCCAGGAUAAUUGUCCUUCUCUCUCCUUGUCACUCUAUUAAUCUCUCUAAGCCCAAACUCAUUUUCAAUCUUAAAUCCAACUCUUUUCACCUCAUUUUACCAUAUUUUAUCAAGUAUUGAAUACAUUUUUCAGUUCAUCUCAACAUUUAUUUCCCUUAUAAUCAUCCACUUUCUCAUUCUCUUCCUAGUCUCCCUUUCCCUUUCUCUCUCAUACUCACUAUGUUCUCCUUUCUUUUCUUUCUUUUCUGAAAUUUUUGCUUUUCUCUCUCUCUCUCUCUCACUCUCUUUCUUACUCAUAUUACCGGUGAACAGCAAAGUUACAGAAUAAAAAUUAUUAUACAUGAUAAUCUGUUUUCCGUGUUGAAACCUUGAAAUAUCUGUUACCCGAUCGACUGAACUUUUAACUCACUCACUCAUCACCAUCACCGCCAUCAACAACAUCAUCAUCUAAUAUCAUCAAAUAAUUUUUGGAGUUUUCAUUUUCUCUCGUCUGUUAACAUCUAAAGUCUCUUCUGUUUUUACCAUUUUCUUCAACUUUGUUUUCCCUUUUUCUGGUUUCUUUCCCAGACUUUUGAUCAUUCAACAACAUUUUCAACCUUUUUAGUCAACCUUUUUUUGUUAACCUUUUUUGUCAACCUUCAUAUCAACCUUUGAUCAACCCCUUUGUCAUCUUGUGCGUGAUUAACCAACAACAACAUUAACCUCAACGGUCACCAUUUUUGUAUAAAGUAACAAUCAUCUAAAUCAACAAGAUCACCCUUUGUGACUCAAUACCUUGUCUAUGACACUUUACCAUUGGAUGAAAAGAGAUGUUUCCAGCAACCGCCAAUCCAUUUGUACCUAAACGUGAUAAAGCUAAACCUCUGACAAUGCCGAAGCCUCCGAUUCACAAUCCAUCGGAUACCAGACACUUAAUUGAACAAUUAGAUGAUGAGAAAUACUUUCUAUUCAACAUAAUCAAAGCUCAUAUGGAAACCUGUGAUUAUACAAAGGAAAAAGUUGCUCCUUUAAUUGAGAAAGCUCGACUUAAUCCAAUUUACGCUCGAUGUUCAACAUUAAUGGCUUGCCCAUUGAAUCCUCUUCCACCCAACGGUAUUGAAAAUGGUCCUGGUGAAGGUAUUUUGGAAAAUUUCAGCGAACGUUUUUCUCCCGCUAUUCGUGGUGUUGUUGAAUUUGCCAAACGAAUUCCCGGUUUUGCUGUCUUAUCACAAGACGAUCAAGUAACACUAUUAAAGGCUGGUGUUUUUGAGGUUCUACUAGUUCGUUUGGCUUGUAUGUUUGACAAAACAAGCAACUCAAUGAUCUGUCUUAACGGAAUGGUCCUUAAAAGAGAGUCACUUCAUUCACAAUCAAGCGCUCGUUUCUUAUUAGAUUCAAUGUUUGGUUUUGCUGAGGUGUUCAAUGCUCUCAAUUUAACUGAUCAUGAAAUUGGUCUUUUCUGUGCGCUUGUUAUUAUCUCGCCAGAUCGACCUGGUCUUCUGAACAUUGACCUGAUAAGCAGGAUUAAUAGUAACUUGGUGAAACUUCUGGAUAAACUCGUUGCUUCAAAUCAUUCCAAUAACCCAGGAUUAUUUAACUUUCUUAUUAGCAAAAUUUCUGACUUGCGAACUCUCAACACUCUUCAUUCAGAGAAAUUGUUAGCCUUUAAAAUGGGUCCUAAAAAUGGACAAAGCUGUGCUAAUGGUAACUCAUCGACUCCAUCAUCAACCGCAUCAUCUAUUGUUGGAUCUCCAUUGAAUGGCAACUCUAAUAGCAGCUCAAUAUGUUCCGAUAGGAAUAGUAAUUCACCUGAAGGUAACAUGAUAAACAUUUCAUGUUCAUAUCCAUCAGUUUGUCCAGUUAAAUGGCAGAACUUUACAAUUAAUGAUAACGAUUCUUCUGGACCUCCAUCUUCGAUUUCCUCUUCGCUUUCUUCCUCAACUCUAUCAUCGAAUAAUACACCUUAUGCUCGUUCAUUUAGGCACACUGAAGAAGAAAGUUUAUCAUCAGUCAACGGAGUUCAAAAUGUUUCAUCUACCAAUGAUAAUUUGAUAAAUACCAGAUCAGUAUCAAGUGCCAAUGGAUUAAAUAAGUUAAAUACUGAUUAUCACCAUCAUCAAAAUAAUUUCAUUCUAAGUCAAAGAUUACUUCAAACCGCGAACAGUUCAACAUCUCGAAACAAUAACACUAACAAUAAAAAUCACGAAUAUCCACAUAAUCGUUAUGAUGAUUCUCAUCAUUCGCACCAAAAUUACCAUUUGCAGGACAAUUAUUAUAUUUCAAAAACAAAGGAUUAUUCAAAUGGUAAUAAUGGAAAUAACAACAACAAUAAUAAUAAUGAAUUAUAUUCAAAGAUUCGUCGAGUCGAUUCACCAACUGAUUCUGGUAUUGAAAGUGGUAAAGAACAAUGUAAUGGAAGUACACCAACGACAUCCGUCUGUUCUAGUCCCCGAUCUGCUUGCGAUGACAAGGUUAAAGAUAUUGUAUCAGAUUCUGAGUCUGUUUCAGAAAAACAAGAAUCAAUUGAUGAUAUGCCAAUGUUAAAACGUGCAUUGCAGGCUCCACCAUUAAUUAAUACAAAUAUGCUUAUGGAUGAAGCAUAUCGACACCAUAAAAAGUUUAGAGCGACAAAAGCAUCUCGAGAUUGUGAACCACCUUCAAGCAGUACAUCAAUCUGUAUUAAUUCCCUUGCUCCAUCACCUUUAAAUAGUAAUAAUAUUAACAAUAAUAACAAUAAUAAUAAUGGUAAUGUUAAUAGUUCUAGUAAUAGUUUAUGUAAUAGUCUAGUAUCACCGACAUCAACAUCAUCAUCUUUAUCGUCAGCUUCUUCAUCUUGUCUUACUUCACCAACAAGUAAUUGCGAUUCAUUGGCAUCAACACAUUCAACAUUGGUUAAAGUCUUGGAGCAAGCACCUCGAUAUGUUGGUGAUUUAAGUCAUCAUUAUUUACAGCAACACGGUAGACAUCACAAUUUAAGCUCAUCAACAUCGUCGUUGUCUUCAUCCCUGUCAUCGUCAUCAUCAUCAUCCUCUUCAUCGCCACCCCAUAAUAAUUUCACAUCGAUGCCACCUCCAUUGGAUUUAAGUCGUAAACGGGAUCUUCUUUAUUUGUAAUUAAUACAAAUGUAAAAAUGGUCAAUAUCAUGAUUUGAAUGGAUGGCUGAUUUAGAGAAGAAAUUGUCAACAUUUCUUAUCAUCGUGUUCAUCAUCAUCAUCAUUAUUGUCAUGAUACAAAGAUAUUUACUGAAAAAAUGAUCACAAAUCAACACACUAUGCUCACUCAUCAUGCACACACACACAUACACAAUUAAAACCCUGGAACCACCACAAAAAGAAAGAAAAAAAAUAAACUUGUAAAGGAUCUUUAAUCAAUCAAAUUGAAAUCAAAACAAAUUAAUUUGUUGUAAAGAUCUUUACUCUUAUCCCAUAACCUUUCACCUUGCCAACAUCAUCUUUCUCCAUAUCUAUCUCAUAUUCUACCUCUGAAAGGUUUUCUUUUUGUUAAAUAACUCUGUGUAUAUGUUGAACCAAUUUUUUUUGCGGUAAUAAUAUUUAUUUCCUCGUGAAAUUGA